AUGUCUGAAUUAAAAUUUUGUACAGAGAUUUUAGAAUCAAGUAUCGAUAUAUUGGCAGAUAUUGAUGGUUUUUAUACUAGUUGGGAUUCAGCAUCAAUAUCAUCAAAAUAUAAUAAACUACAAAAUUCCCAAGAUUCCACAAACGGAACUAGACCAGACUUUACCGUGCAAAAUUAUUCGAAUUAUGAAAUCUUCACUUUAGAGGUUGCAGGAAGCCCGACAAAUAAGAUUCAGAAAAAGAUUAAACUUGACUUUGCCAAAUUAAGUAGACAAAUGCGAAAUAAUAUAAAAUAUAUUGUUGCUCAAGAGAAAAAAAAGAAACGUUUAUUACAAAAAUUUUCAAAUCUUUGGUACAUUAACAGAAGGGUUUGA